UCAGAAACCAUGGCGAAGCCACACAGUGAAGCAGGGACUGCCUUCAUUCAGACCCAGCAGCUCCACGCAGCCGUGGCUGAUACCUUCCUGGAACAUACGUGCCUCCUGGACAUUGACUCCGCACCGAUCACGGCUCGCAACACUGGCAUUAUUUGUACUCGGUCAGUGGAGAUGCUGAAGGAGAUGAUCAAGUCAGAAAUGAAUGUGGCUCGUCUGAAUUUCUCUCAUGGAACUCAUGAGUAUCACGCAGAAACUAUCAAGAAUGUGCGUAUGGCCACAGAAAGCUUCGCAUCUGACCCGAUUCUCUACCGACCUGUUGCUGUGGCUCUGGACACAAAGGGACCUGAAAUCAGGACUGGACUCAUCAAAGGCAGCGGUACUGCAGAAGUGGAGCUGAAGAAGGGAGCCCCCUUGAAGAUCACCCUGGACAAUACCUACAUGGAGAAGUGUGACGAGAACAUCCUGUGGCUGGACUAUAAGAACAUCUGUAAGGUGGUAGAGGUGGGCAGCAAGAUCUUCGUGGAUGAUGGGCUCAUCUCACUGCAGGUGAAGGAGAAAGGUGCUGAUUUUCUGCUGACAGAGGUAGAGAAUGGUGGCUCCUUGGGCAGCAAGAAGGUGAACCUCCCCAGAGCUGCUGUGGAUCUCCCUGCUGUGUCAGAGGAGGACAUCCAGGACCUGAAGUUUGGAGUGGAGCAGGAUGUCAACAUGGUGUUUGCAUAUUUCAUCUGCAAGGCAGCUGAUGUGCAUGAGGUUAGGAAGAUCCUGGGAGAGAAGGGCAAGAACAUCAAGAUCAUCAGCAAAAUUGGGAACCAUGAAGGUGUCUGCAGGUUUGAUGAGAUUUUGGAGGCCAGUGAUGGGAUCAUGGUGGCUCGUGGUGACCUGGGCAUUGAGAUUCCUGCAGAGAAGGUCUUCUUAGCUCAGAAGAUGAUGACUGGACAAUGCAACCGAGCUGGGAAGCCUGUCAUCUGUGCCAUUCAGAUGCUGGAGAGCAUGAUCAAGAAACCUUGCCCCACCCGUGCUGAGGGCAGUGAUGUGGCCAAUGCAGUCCUAGAUGGAGCUGACUGCAUCAUGCUGUCUGGAGCAACUUUUAGUUUUUAUUUCUACUUUGAUGUUCAUUACUUUCCCUCUAUUGUCAGUCAACCCUCUAGUUUAAAGUGUCAGUCAGGCCUCUUUGUCUAA